CAGGAUAGAUUCGUUGAAGUAAGAUCAGAGACAUACUCGGGUUUUGAGAUAGCGAUUAAAAUGGUUACACCACAACAAAUCCCCCUUAUCAUUGAGCAACUGGAGCUAAGCAAGUAUUAUCCAAAAAAAUUAACGCGAGAAAAGGCACUGGCAGUUUCGGAUAUUAGAAUUACAACCAAUGAUCUCAAGGAAGCUGGCAAAAUUCCUUGGUUUAUUUUGCAAAAUCUUUUGAUGUGUAACUAUGAAGGAAGAUGUUUUGAAGUAAGCCAAGAUAAUUCAUCACUUCCUAAAAUGGGAGAUUCGUUUUCUUUUUUUACAAGCCACUCCAAUACAGCAAGCAAAACCGGUGACACAGAACAGAUAAGCCCAUCGGAUGCACUAAUAGCUCUUUUUUGGUGCUGUGACGAUUUCUUGAGGCAAAUUUUAGUAGAAAAAAUGUCCAUGUGUCAGCUUGCUGUUCCACUGAUAUUACCUUUGAAAGACGUUAAUUCACAUGGAAGUGAAAUGAAUUGGGCGAUGAGCAAGCUGAGAUUGGAAGACGUCGAUUCACAUGGAAGUGAAAUGCUUAUAUGGGCUAUGAGUACGCUAAGAAAGCAAUGGAAAACAAGUCUAGGAUCCUGCGAACACUCAAUGACCAUGUAUCCUUUGCCGAUUAUAUCUGUCAUUCGCUUAGGCAGACCUCUGAUAUCAAAAUCAAAGAUAAUUAACUAUGUUAUCAGUGAUCUGAGACAUAACGUUUUUUUUCACUCUGAAUGCGAUGGUGGUACUUUGGAAAGAAAAAUCUCUGACGGGUUACUAGAAAUUGCAUGGUACCUUCCGACCGGAAAACCCAAAGACAUUUCAACCGAAGGGCUUACCUUCUUAAAUUUGAGAGGUAAUGCAUCUCAUCUUAAAACAGAAACAGAAUUUUUAUCCGAAAUAUCACUUGUAACUAUUGCAUUUGCAUCUUCUAUGAAACCAAAGGAAGAAGAUGUUACUUUACUUGAAACAUUGUACGAACAAAAUGGCCACUUAAUUCUUGUAACCGACGGGCAACCUUCAAAAGAGUUCACUUGCUCACUUGAUUUGUUGUCGCGAAAGUGUGAUAAGAAAGAGAAUAAACACUUUGGAUGCAUUGAUUCUUCAAACAAAAAUGAAUCACAAACAAGUAAGGAAAUUAGGAGGUUGCUUAUUGACAUUUGUAAAAAUGGUAGUCGCAUUGUACCAGAUAAGAGCAUUGAAAUGUGCACUGAUAUUGCAAAACGAUUGUGUUUUAAUUUUGAUGAAAGCAGUGGAGAUUGUGUGGAAGCAAAAGAGAGUGCAGACAUGAUGUUCAGUGAUUUGAAAAAGCAUGACAAAGGAAAACGGCUACCUUUGCAAGAAAUUGCUAUAAGAUUAGGAGAAAAAGAGAAAGAAAUGUAUCAAUUGAAACACAAAGGAAACCAGCAAGUAGAGAAGUACGUGGAGAGUGUACAAUCAGAUAUAAAGUCGUUGCGGAUGACUCAGAAAGAAAAGUGCGACGAAGAUCAAGGUAUUCUAGCACUUUUCGAAAGGUCUUUUACAUAUCCUAUUUUAAAGAGGAGAUAUUUUCAUAGCUUUGUUAAGAUAAUGGGAGACAAACAGAGCAUUGAAGCACUGCAGCCAAUACGCAAGGAAUAUACUGAUAAAUGGAAAAAGCUUUGUGAAGAUCUGCAGGAAAAACGAAUCACAGAAAAACAAACAACAUUGAUAAAAAAGGAACUUGACUGUCUUGAAGAAAAACUGUCUGAUCUUUCAUUGAGCUUAGAACACUUCAAUAGAGAAGUCGCACAAAUGUAUGAAAUGAAAUCGUUUUUGAAGCUACUAGAUGAUUCAACACUUCAAUUUCCUGUCGUUGCAGCGAAACUUUUGCUUAAUGGAUAUCCUCUGGAAUUAAUGGAUGGAGACGCGUCUCUAGUUCCACUUAUUUGGAUUGAAGCUGUCUUGGCUACUUUAAAAGAUGAAAUUGGUAAUAAUAGUAUGUUUGUGUUAUCAGUUCUUGGUGUCCAAAAUAGCGGAAAAUCAACCAUGCUUAACACAAUGUUUGGUUUACAAUUUGCUGUCAGUGCAGGAAGGUGUACUAAAGGUGUAUUUGCCCAAUUGUUGCCGGUGGAUGGAACUUUACAAGAAAGUACUGGGUGUGAUUACAUCAUGGUGAUUGACACAGAAGGUUUACGUGCUCCAGAGUUAGCAAGCAUUGCACAUAGUAACCGUGACAAUGAACUGGCUACGCUUGUGAUUGGUUUAGGUGAUGCUACAAUCAUAAACAUCAUGGGAGAAAAUACAAGUGAAAUACAGGAUAUUCUUCAAAUUGUGGUCCAUGCGUUCAUGAAAAUGAAAUGUGUAAACAUUAAACCCAGUUGUAUAUUUGUACAUCAAAAUGUUACCGAUGUUACAGCGGCCGAUGUAAAUACGACUCAAAAGAGAAAGAUAAAGGAAAUAUUGGAUGAGAUUACAAAAUGUGCUGCAAACGAAGAAAACUGCAGUGAAAGAUUUAAAACGUUUUCAGACGUCAUUCAAUUCAAGGAGCAUAAACACGUGAUGUACAUCUCUAAUCUUUGGGAAGGAGAUCCUCCUAUGGCAUCUCCUAAUCCAGGUUACAGUGAAGGUAUUUUGCAGGUUAAGAGACAGAUCAUACAAUUCAUGCAACAAUCACAAGGUAGAUCAUUUAAAGACUUCCAAUGUAGGCUGUCCGAUCUCUGGAAAGCGAUCCUCUGUGAAAACUUUGUAUUCAGCUUCAAGAAUACUAUUGAAAUUCAAGCUUUUAAUGCUUUAGAAUCAGAAUAUUUGACAAAUUCUCGUAAAUUAAGAAGGAAUGCAAUGGAAUACAUGAAUAUCCUUCAGGUACAAUGCAAAAAACUCACUGCCAAAGAUAUAGUAGACGUUGGUAAAAAAAUACUAGAAGAUCAGAUUUCUAACGUAUGUGACGAUGUUCAAACUUUGCGUAAAAACAUGAAUGAGUAUUUUGACAGAGAAACAAUGGCGUGUCAAUGGAAGAGUAGAACAUUUUCGAAAAUUGAUGAAUUAUCCAAAGAUAUUAUGAAGGAAAUAAAUGAUGAAUUUGUUUCCUUAAAAAAUAAAAUAAUUGGAAGAAAUACAAUUGACUCAAGCAUGAAAAAAUAUGAAAAGGAUAUCCUAGAAAAAGCUAAAGACCUUGCUGACAUGUUCCGUGAUAAGAAAUUAUCCGAUUCAGAUUUGAAAAAAAAGUUUGAUGACAAAUGGAAGAAUUGGAUUGACGACAUACCACUAUGUGUAAACUUAGAUAUCGAUAUACAAUCUUCCCUUGAAAGAGUAAUAAUUGAAUCAUCUUGUUCACGUUACCAAGAGCAGAUUUAUCGUAUGUUUCAUAGUGAAUGCUCUUCACCCAGGUCUCAGACAUGGGUAACUGAAGAUGAUUUGAAUUCUGGCUGUUGGACUGAAGAACACGCAACAAUUAUUUCCAAUCAUGCAGUUAGUAAAUCAACAUGUAUCGACAAAACAAAGUUAUUUACGGAAACUGUACGAUCAAAUGUAUUACAAAAGAUUUCAAAUUACAGACAUGAGGGUAAAAAUUACAGUGAUCAGUUUGGGAAUCAUAUCGUGGAUUUCAUAACCGGGCAACUGUCGGAACAAAAGAUGGACAACAAAGCAAUCUUCACUGAUUUAGGAUUAGUUCGGGUAGCAGUACGUAUUGUGUGGUCGGUAAUGUCAGAGUUAAAUAAUUUGAAAGAUAAGUACAAGGAAGAGAACGAUCUAAGAUGUUACAUGGAGUCUCAAAAGGACAGGUUGUGGCAAAUGUUUAGAGAUGAAUGUACGACGGUAGAAAUAAGCGUCAAAACAGCGUCUAUGGUAUGUCGGGAGUUGGAAAAUGCUAUUAAAAUUUCUCUUCCGAAUCUGUGUAAAAACGGAGUUAUCGAUCAUUUGCGAACUUCUAACACUCAAGCAUUUGCUAAUAAGAUGUCACUUCAUGCACAAAUGCUGAUAGAUUUGGCAGAAAAACAUAAUUUUAAACCUUAUCAAAACUAUUUACAAAAUCCUCAUGAAUGUAUGAGAACAUAUAUAGGACAAUGUAUACACAAUGUGUGUUUAAGUGAAAUGACAAAAGGAAAACCUGCUAUUUUGAAAGAAAUAUAUUGUAAGACAUUAGACAACAUUUUUCUCAAGGCAGAUAAAGCAAUUAAUGGCACAUGUAAAUAUUUACAAGAUAAAUGCAAGAUUAGCAGUUUCUGGAGUAAAUUAAUGGAACAUAUCGGUAAUGAUUUGGAUGUAAAAAAUGAGUUAGGAUUCUUUAACGAAGAUUGUAAUUUUGAUGUAGAAGAAUCUAAAAAUAUGUUGCUAACUGAAUUAAGACAAUCUAAAAAGAAACUCAUAAAAGAAUACAACGGGGAGAAAGUUUUAGAUGGUAUUCUCAAGGGAUGUCAAAAGUUUUUUGAAAAAGACCUUCUUGGAUGCCCUGAACUGUGUCCGUUUUGCAAAGCUCCAUGCGAACUUCAAGGUGGAUAUGACGACCAUCGCACAGAAUACCAUCGGCCACAAGGAGUGUCUGGGUAUUAUUUAGAAGACACUAAAAAACUCGUUACCAGCGUAUGCACAUCGAGUGUGAGGACACAAGAUACAUUCAGAAAUAAAGACACUAAUUACAGACUUCACCUUUUUAAAGAUUUCCAAAGUGUUAAUAAAUUCUACAAAGCAUGGAAGAUCCAGCCAACUGAUAUUGAGUCUCAGCUCUAUUGGAAAUGGUUUAUGGCAAAAUACAAUAAGCAACUUGCUGAUUACUAUAAUGUAAAGAAAGCAGAUAUUCCAAAUGGAUGGAAGAAAAUCAGCUGGGAAUCAGCAAAGGAAGACAUGAUUAAAACUUAUAAUCUAUAAUAAAAACACAAUACUUCAAUUAUACUGGAAGUAAAUUAACAAAGACGUGUUUAAAACGUACAGAAAAUUAAACUAAAAAAUGAUAGUAUCUAAUAGCAAAAUUUCGGUUCCAUGUUGUCCUUAAAUGUUUGAGAAAAUAUUAGCUAUGAUAAUAAUUUUUUUAAACGAUGUAGGUCCUAAUAGGUGGCACGUAUACACAUGAUUAUAUGGUAGUAAAAUGUAACCACUAAUCCUUAGUCGCUUUAUGUUUAAUUACCUGUUUAUUUGUAAAUUGACGUCAGUUUUUGCUAGGCACUUCUUUGUAUCAUCGUUUUUCCUUUAUUUUCAUUUGCUUUGCUAGUUUGUAGACGAUGAUAGGUGUACGUAAAAUGAAUAAUGUGAAGCAAUGACUUUUAACUCUACCUGUACUGUUAGAGGGUAGAAAAAACCCUAUGCAAAAACAAAGAAGAAAAAGAAGAAGAAUGAAAGAAAAACAGAGCAGAACAGAAACAAUACCCUUUGCGCUGUAACGUUAAUAGUCCAUAAUAGGUCUAAUGAUAAUAAGCAAAGUAAUAAAAGCAAGAAAAAUAACGAUAACAAUAGUGAUGAUGACACCGGAGGUGAGCAAGGUUUGGGGGUGGGGGUGGACGAAUAGAGGUAUAGCCUCCCGUCCUGUUGGAAAUAUAAUAGGCCAAGAAGUGUUGAUCUUAUUCAUCGUCAAGAUGAUGGUACUUAUUUGAGUAAAAUACCCUUUUUAGAUAAUUUAAAAAAAAAAAUAAAUAAAUAAAGAAAAUAAAAGCAGUUCUUACUAGUCGUGGUGUUUCUCCAUACUACUGUGAUUGUGAUACAGGGAUUUCAGACUACCUAUGCCAUCAAAUAAUUAAAUAGUCAAUCUAUUUUCCAGAGUAGGAUAUCUGUGACGACAUGAGACAUCCAUGGAUGUCUUUUACAUGAAUCAACGAUCAUAUUCAGUUCGUCGUAUGUAUUUACCAAUAAUGUUUAGACAUGCGAAGGACCAAAAUGUAGGCGUAUUCGUAUUCAUUUUCGUAAGGUUGUAAAACCCUUUAGAAAAUAAACUCCGCGUCUUAUAUGUAGACCUU